AUGCAAUCGCACAAAACUGGACACGGGCAGCAGUGGAGUGGAGGGGUGCCUGUGUCUAGGGAGGAGUCCUUUGCAACCAUCAUGUUGAAUUUGGAAGAUUUUCUCUAUGGAUUUGGGCUAGAUUUGUCUAAUUGUAUCAUAGAGAAAGUGGACAGAGAGGGGAUGAUAGUAAAGGGAUCGAGUGACUAUAUAAUUAAGGAGAAGACUGUGCUUCUGCAGAAAAAAGACAGCGAGGGAUUUGGCUUUGUGUUAAGAGGGGCCAAAGCUCAGACCCCCAUCGAAGAGUUUACCCCCACCCCAGCCUUUCCAGCCCUGCAGUAUUUGGAGUCGGUGGACGAGGGGGGCGUGGCCUGGAGAGCUGGUCUCAGGAUGGGGGAUUUCCUUAUUGAGGUCAAUGGUCAGAAUGUGGUGAAGGUCGGUCACCGGCAGGUCGUCAACAUGAUCCGGCAGGGCGGUAACAGCCUCAUGGUCAAGGUUGUCAUGGUAACCCGCAACCCUGACAUGGAGGAGGGCGCAAGGAAGAAGAUCCCACAGCAAAGCAAGAGGCUGAGCACCCCCGCCAUCGCCCUGCGGUCCAAGUCCAUGACUUCAGAGCUGGAGGAGAUGGCUGCUACCCCUUGGAAAAAAAAAUCAGAAUUCGAAUCCUCCCAAGUUGCAGAGAAGAAGAGGACAGUCUAUCAGAUGGCUUUGAAUAAAUUAGAUGAAAUUCUUGCAGCAGCUCAGCAGACAAUCAGUACCAACGAGGCACCAGGGACACGGGGACAGGGGCCAAAGAGAGAGAGGGGAAGAAGUUUCUAUGGCAAUGAGAGCUACGGGGAUCAAACCGGGAUGGGGAUGCUGCCGUCGGGGGUGGGCCUUGGCUAUGACCGUGGUCAGUACACCUCAGGUCAUGCCCCACAGCACGGUAUGCUGCGGCAGAAAUCCAUCGGUGUGCCUGAGGAGGAGAAGCAGUUCCUCCACCCUCCGGCCAUGAAGUUUGCCCGCAGUCUGUCAGUGCCCGGUCCGGACGACAUCCCCCCUCCGCCCACCACAGCUCCACCGGAUCCUCCCUUCUCCUCGGCGCCGCCCCUCGGUUGGAGAGCCAAGUCCUCUCAGCAGCCGUCUGUGUCCGUGUCCCAGUCCACGUCCACCUCCGCCCACUACCAGCCCUACUCCCAGUCCGUGCACUUCGCCCACGGCGGGCGGGAGCGGGCCGGUGGCACCGGCGCCCCCGGCGGCGGGGGGGCGGACAACAGCGCCUCGUACGUUCAUGCGUCUGCCCACACUGCCCAAAGCAGGACUGCCUCGCGGAAGGUUGCCUACACUGGGGAGCCUGUUGGAGCUGGGAUGGGGGCUGGUCAGGGGGCUAAGGCAGCAGGUCUCCGGAGAGGCUACAGCACAGCUGUCCCCCCAUCCAGCAUCGCCACCGUAAUACCUCAGCAACAACAGACCACCCAGAGUCAACCCCAGCGCGCGGAACGCAGCGGGGCCGCUGCGGGCGGCCCUAAAGGCGGGGCCAGGAGGGGUAAGGGCCCACUGGUCAAGCAGUCCAAGGUGGAGGACCUGCGCAUUGGCCAGGGCACGCUGGGGAGCAAAGACUCGGUGGAGAAGAGCUCCAUCCCCAUCCCCACCAUCAUAGUCAAGGCCCCUUCCACCAGCAGCAGCGGGCGAAGCAGCCAGGGCAGCAGCGUGGAGGCGGAUGCUCCCGCGCCGGGGGAGGGGGACGAGGCCAAAACCCCCCACGGUCCUCCUCCCUCCACGCCCGCCCCGCAGCCCCCCGCUCCGCCGUCCAUUCCAGCACCGCCGCCUCCAUCUUUGCCUUCGAUUCGAGCCCAGGAAAACCUGGACUUCACCAGCCAGUUUGGGGCCGCCAUUGUGGGCGCAGCUCGCAGGGACAGGGAGCGGUUCCACGAAGCCCGCCGAAAGAGUGCCUCCUUGUUCAUGUCCGCGGAGGAGGACGUGAGCCUCGGGGGGGUGAGCGACGGGAUCGGAGGGGUAACGAGGACUCAGGUGUCACAGCAGCAGCUUAACACGCAGGCUGAAAGUUCGUCAACGCGACUACGGCCCUCCAAGUCCAUUGACGAGGGAAUGUUCUCGGGGGAUACCUUCAUCCAUCACACACGGAGUAUGCCUCCGGCCUUUGGUCUGCCUGAGUACUCCUCAUCUGCCCUGGACUAUCAGCCCAAGUCCGUGCCAACGGAUUUGUACACAGUGGCCGGCAGACAACCAGCACCCUCCACCAACACCACCUUCAUUCACCCCCUAACGGGGAAGGCGCUCGAUCCCACGUCUCCGCUGGGCCUCGCCCUGGCAGCCAGAGAACGGGCUCUUAGGGAUGACAGUAGAUUAAGGAGGGGAGCGGAGCACCACUUUACCCGUCAGAUGUCCAGCGGGGUGUUUCCUUCUUCUACUGUCACCUCUCAGCCAGUCUCUUCCGCCGCCCAGUCCUCCAGCUCCUAUCUGGUCACCUCCUCCUCGUUGGCGGCCACCACGUCCACCGUCGGUCGCCCGCCCUCGCCCAGGAUCCUCAGAGGAGUUGGGGGCGUGUGGGGUGAGGAAGGCGGCGGAGGGGAGAGGGAGCGGGAGGGAGGGGGGCCUCGCGAAGGGCUCAGGGUUCGCUUCUCCGAGGACAAAACUGUCCACACGCACCACUACCAGUCUCAGCCAUAUCAGCCAUCUUAUAAAGAACGGGAACGGGAGAGGUCGAGGGAACGGGAGCGAGAGUUAUCACGAGAAAGGGAGAGGGACAAAGAGAGAGAGGGUUACAUCAGGAGGGCCGAGCAGGCUGCUGCCAAUGCGGCGGCGGCUGCUGAGAGCGCUGCCCAGCAUGCGUCUCAGAGCCAGCAGCCUCGGAGGCCAUCUUUUCUCAGGAUGGAAAGUCAAGCUGACGCCUAUAUACUAUCCCUCACUCCUCCGUCUCCCCCAGCCACCGGUACUCAGCAGGGAGCCAACCCUACUGGGAGCAGUGGGUCCGGCCUGAUGGUUCUGCCCCCCCCUGCCCCUUCAGUCGAUGCGGAUGAUGAGUUUGUGUACGCAGAACCCCUCCCUCCACCCUUACAGUUCGCUAACAGUUUCGACAGGGGAAUAUCAGGAUACUCGAAACAGGGGAUGCUCCCCAAUAGUCUGAACCCUCGCCAUACACAGGUCCCACCUCCCCCGCCUCCUCCGCCCCCACCGCCCCCUCCCCCUCCUCCACCCCCCCAAAAAGAACAGUUCGGAAGCUCAUUUCCCGCUCACACGCCCCUGCCCUCGCCCCAGGCGGGCGACUCCACCGCCUCCAGCCUCACGUCUUACGACAGUGAAGUUGCCAACCUCACUCAGUCCGCUCCGUCCCCUUGCCAGACGUCACCAAACCCCCAACCCCCUCCCUCGCCCUCAAACCGUCAGCCAGCCAUGGGCCCUCCGCCUCCCCCGGCCGUGUCCCCGCCCCCUCCCCCCGGAUCCUACCACAGACCCUUCUCCAUGUCUCACCACCUGUACAACAGCACCCACGCUUCUGGCCGGUCCUCGCCCUCGCCCCCGGCGCACCACACGGUGGCCCCUCCCCCGGCCUACCGCGGACCUCCGGCCGCUUCCUCCUCCACUGCCAGCUCCGUCCCGCACAGGGGCGCCGUUUCCCACGCCAUGACCGCUAGCUGUGCUUCUUCGACCGCCACUACAACCAGCACCUCCACGCAUCUCUAUCAGGAGCGAUCGCACGCCACCACCUCCUCCACCAUCGUCACCGGCGGCCGCAGGGGGGCCGAGCACCACCGUCCAACCCCUGCCGCCAAGAAAGGAGAGUCCCAGGAGACGGUGGUGGACUCCGGGAUCGAGGAGCUGGACAGCCGCAGCAGCAGCGACCACCACCUGGACAGCAUCCUGGCUCUGAGCGGAGCCGGGGUCCGGGGGGACAGGCUGGACCGGGGUGAGAGGGCGGGAGGGGGAGGAGCCGGAGGACGAAUGGGAGGAGGAGGAGGAGGAGGGACGGCGGAAUCGGACAGGGCCGGGGAUUUCCUGGAGUCUUACAUGAGCUAUCUGGACGGGCAAACGUUCGAGAUGCAGAACGCCACGGCGGCGGCCUCCACCUACCCGAAAAGCGGCCGGUUCCGAGACGGGGGCCGCGCCGGCGAGCUCCAGAGGCAGACCAGCACCGCGCCGGCCUCCUUCCACAGGAGGAGAGACGAGCAGGUGGAGGACGAGAUGGAGGAGGGAUCGGCCGAGGACGAGAGGGGCCAGGACGGCUACGGCGUCAGGGACAUGCAGAACCUGGGCCGCCCCGCCUCGCCGUAUUUCGACCGUCCGCGCACCCCUGAGAUGAAGCCCCUGUGGGGGGACGGCCAGAUGAGCGGGGAUACAGGCGGCCAGUCGGGGGCGCUGUUAGAGGGGAAGAAGGUUUACCCCCCUGCUUCCAGUAUGAAGCCCAGCAUCAUCAAUGAGCUGAGCAGCAAAUUGCAGCAAAGAACCAAGGACAGCUGGAGCAGCCAGAGGCCGCUGGGCAGACACAGGUUUUCAGAAGACUCGGCCUCGGCCCUGAGCCCCCCCUCAGUUCGAUCCCAGUCACCCUCGCCAAUUUCAUUGUCCCAGCCAUCGCUGUCCCCAUCCCCGACGCCCGCCUCCCAGUACCCAAACUGGGGACGAUCCCCGUCCCCUCAGCCCCCGGCGGCCUCUCAGCCUCCUCGUUCGCACUCCCCACUCUCCCCGACGUCUUACUCCCCCUAUCCCACAUCCCCCAAGCACAGACCGGUCUACAGGAGCAAAGCCUUGGAGUUCCAGUUCAUCCCCAGUCGUGAGUCCCGUAAAGCAGAAUCUCAUUUACUGCAGCGCAGGCGGGCUCCCAGCCCCCUCAUUUCCCCAUCGGAGAGACCCAAGAUGGGCCCGCCUCGUCCUUCCUCCCUUCCUCUCCUCCCUACCACACCUCUGUACAGCGCUAUCUACGACCUCCGCGGGUCCAUCACCCCCCCAUCACCUGGAAACCCUCUGGGGGAUCCUUACUUCUCACCCUCUCCUCCUCUGUUCGCCCCAUCGGGCGCGCCCCCACCUCCAAACUCCACUUUAGUCGUCUCUCGAUCCCUUUCUCCGACUCAUUUCCUGUCGGGGACGUCUUCUCCCCCGUUGCACCCUCUCCCUCCCCCCACUUGCCUGAGUUACCCCCAUUUACCACCCCCUUCCCCUACAAAACCUUUCGCCUCCAAGCCGCUGCCCUACUGGACCAAGUACGACGUGGCGGACUGGCUGGGGUACCUGAACCUGGGAGAGCACAGAGAACGCUUCCUGGACAAUGAAAUCGACGGCACCCAUUUGCCCUCUUUGACUAAGGAGGACUACCUGGAUUUGGGCGUGACGCGAGUCGGCCACCGGAUGAACAUCGAACGAGCCCUGAGGAGUGUCAUCGACAGACUUUCCAGCAGUCCCUUUCCCAUUUCUGUCCUCUCACCUCGGGACGGACAGGCGGACAGGAGGAGGGACGAUGGCGGUCGAAGCUGAGUGUGCGAACACAGACGCCGAAAACCAAGAAGAAGAAGAGGAAGGGGUCGAGGGCAAUGAGGGAGGAAGGCACCACUGCUGCUGUCCAUGGCGGAUUCAGACAACGAAUGAGGUCUCGAUCAGAUUUCACACAGAGAGCCACACAAAGAGGCAAGUCAGGUCCAGGAGAGAGAGAAGGAGGAAAGGCUGACUAUUCAUAAAAACACCGGGCUGGCUGAUUUACAAAAGUACACCUCCCACAUGCAUGCACACUCACAUCAAUCAACACGAGUAACGCAAACAUCCUCUCAUCCAGAAGUAAGUUAACACUACGGCUGCAGCAGAGCUUAGGAGACACUACCUUAUACCACCUAAGGCAAAUACUCGAGAAAAACUAUUAAAUGCAGAUUAGAUAUUUGGGGAAAAAGGAUCUAAGCGGGUGAGAAUAUCUCAGACUGUCCUGUUGUGGAGGGAUGCUCAUUUUAAAGCAUGCCUGGUUCCCACAGAGGGGUAUUUAAGGGUGAGAGGUGAUGAAUGUGUGAAGGCGUGAGGCUUUGUGUGUGUGUGUGUGUGUGUUUGAAGAAAGGCAGGACGAUGGAUUCCACGUGGUUUGAGCCGAUGAGGGAGCAGAUGGAUCACUUGGUUCCGUCCGAGGAGGCUUGCUGUGUGUCUGGCUUUUGAUUGGUUGCGUUUUGUUUUUUACCUCAUCGCCGGUAGGGCUCCGUCCUCGUUGGGGAUCCUGUAAAUCGGGAUCGCGUACGUUUCUCUAUAACUCUUUAUCAUCUUAAGUCUUAUAACGACAAAAUAUACAGACUGGUCACUGUAUCACAAAUUUGUAGCAAAAAUAAGUGCCCAGACCGACGACAUAAGGAAAAUAUAACGACACAGAAAACACACUCAUACGCGCACACACACAGGCACCCAAGGUAAAACAAUCCAUGCCUGCAUGCACACACACACACACCGACAUGUAGACACACACAAACGCAAUCACUUCCCAGUGCUUGCGUGAGAAUUUAUGGGACGCUUUAUAUAUAAAUAUAUGUAGACACAUUAUGUUUGGAUCCAAGAUGUACUAAUUCAUGAAGGAGACAGACUGUGCUUUCAACUGUUAGAUGGGAUUUAUGAAGAGAAAUCUUCCAGAGGACUGAAUUUUCAGAGAGAGACUCCUUCAGCAUCGGGGCUGAUGCUGUGCACUCGUUCAGACCUUCUAUGCGAGGGAGACUGGAACGGAGAGGGGAGGGGAAGAGUAAAAACUGCCAUUCUCUUGUUCUUUCCCACCCAAUCCCCCCUGCUCCUUCCGUGAGUGGCCUUUCUCCUUUGACGAAAUCCUGGAGGAAAGGAGCAGCCGCUCGGCUGAGGGAUCCAAGAGAAACGCUUAAAUCCAGUUUUAUUACUAUGAUUGUUCUUACAGUUUUUAAACUUUAAAUGGGAACACUGGAAUACUGAUAUUGAUAUGAAGAGAUUUAUUGUUGCUAUUUAUCAUUACUAUCAUCGUCCUUACUGUUAUUGAAGCCUAAGAGAAGUCCCGGUUUCUGCCACUGAGGACUCAGAUGGCGCUUUUUUUUUCAGUCAGCUUACGCUCUGACUGAAAUGUGAAGAUAAUCACGGUGGUAUUAAGUGUAAAAUUAAAUGUAUAUGAAGGUAUUUUUGAACUGAAAGACUGUGUUAUUUGGUGCACUGUACCCUGAACAUUGCUUCUAUGUGGAAAGAAGCGUUUCAGCUAAAUGUGAAGCACAUUUCAAAGUGUUAUUUAUUUUAUUUUUUUUACUUUUCCCCUUGUUUUUCUGUUUCUGGACUGCGAAGCUUUAAAAUGAUAUGUGAAGUUCAAAGGCCUCAAAACAUAUUUUUUUUUCACCCUUAGAAAACUUAGCUACUACUCAGUGUUAUGCUGAUACUGUAGAAAUGUAGCAGCCCAACACACAUCCAAGUGAAAUCCUUUUCUAUUUUCAACACUUUCCUUGAGUUAUUAUAUCUUCCAAUAUGCAGAACAGCCAGCCUAAACAGCAGUUCAGUUUCUGUGUGUGUGUGUGUGUGUGUCGAUCGGUUUUCCUAAAUGCCUGGAUUUUUCCCACUAGCUUUUUUUAUGGCGCAUUUACAUCCUCUCACCUCCCAGUUCCUAACCGCCUCACCUUUGCUGAUAUGAGAAAUAAGGGCUCUUUCGUGACUUCUCUACCUUGAACAACGCCUCACCUCUCCUGCUGCUUUUUGAGUCCACGAACACAUCAUGCAUCAAAUGUGCAUUUUGCAUCGGGGCGGGGGGGGGGG